GCUCUCUCGUCAGGGCACUUUACGCGGUUUCGGUUGUUGGUGGCGCCCGGGAGGCGUCCCGCCAUCCAUUGGCCAAUGGGAUACAGGCGGGAUGCCUGAGACAUUCCCCCGCCCUGCCCUGCCAGGGCCUCGUUGGGGACUUUCCGUCGCGUCCAGUGCUCGCGCCGCGACGCGUCGUCGUCCUCACGGGGAUUCGAAUCCCAGUAAAGUGGUGCCCUGCCACCGCCAACCCUCUUCUACGUACGUGCUGCCCAAACCGCUACGUACAGUCUCGCUUGCCCUCCUCCUUGGAACCUCGCAAACCUUCUUACAAGCGCUUCAUCAGAGAAUGUCCGCCGUCCCCGAGCCCAACGGCAGCAGCAACAGCAUCACCACCACCGCCGCCGACAGCAGCGCCAUCUCCUCCCCGCCCGCCAAGCGCAUCAAGACAGCAGCGCCCAACACAGCCGACAACGACAACGACACCAUGGCCGUCGAGUCCGUCGUCACCGCCGCUGCCGCGUCCGUGCCGGCCCUGCAGGUCAAGAAGCUCUCCGACAAGGCCCGCCUGCCCACGCGCGGCAGCGCCUUCGCCGCGGGCUACGACGUCUACGCCGCGGGCGACACCGUCGUGCCCGCGCGCGGCAAGGUCCUCGUCGACACGGACAUAAGCAUCGCCGUCCCCGCCGGUACUUACGGCCGCAUCGCCCCCCGCUCCGGCCUCGCGUCCAAGCACUUCAUCGACACGGGCGCGGGCGUCAUCGACGCCGACUACCGCGGGCAGGUCAAGGUCCUGCUCUUCAACCACGCCGACGCCGACUACGAGAUCAAGGAGGGCGACCGCGUCGCCCAGCUCGUGCUCGAGCGCAUCGUCACCCCCGACGUCGUCGAGGUGCAGGAGCUCGAGGAGAGCGUCCGCGGCGCCGGCGGCUUCGGCAGCACGGGCAAGCAGUGAGCGAGUCCGCGCGCGCGGUGCUUGGUGAUGGAUUGGGGAAAAUGGGCGUUGGUAUAGACUUUUUUUUUUUUUGCGAGCGGCAAUGGAACCCAAAAAAGGGAAUCCUUGGAUGGUUGGACGAGGUGACACGGCGCGAUCGUCGUCGUCUGUUAGGGCCGUACCUCGUACAGGCACCAACUCUGGGCUCGAGAGGCAUAAUGGCGCGCUCUGCAUGGAGCGUCAUGGGUAGCGGAGUGAGAUAGCUCCGCCCGCAAACCGAGCAGCCUGCCGGAUGAAUAGAGCAACGUGAGAUGCAACCUCCAUCGUAUUGCUUUGCGCCUUUAACUCGUUCUAUGCACGCG